AUGCUUUUGGGCCUUCAACCAUUCCUUGAGCUACUGGAACCUGGGCGAAUUAACCUUGAUUCAACCGGUCGGCUACCUAUUCUUCAGAACACGAAACUAGGAUGGGUAGUUUCAGGUCGUUACGAGGAACCUUUACAUUCGUCUCCGGUUACCUCCACCUGUCUAAUAACCUCUGUAGACGACCACCUUUCUCGGCAGUUGCAGAAGUUUUUUGAAAUGGAAGAGUACGUGCACCAAGGAGGUCACUUCAGUGAGGAGGAGAAGGCCUGUGAGGCACAUUUCGAGCUGCAUACCAUUCGCGAUAACGCUGGUCGAUUUCAAGUUCGUCUUCCUUUUCGCGAAGACCCUACAUUGCUCGGGGAAUCUCGCAACAUCGCUAUUAGGCGCCUAGAGCAAAUUGAACGCAAGUUAGUUAGAACUCCUCUGCUUAUGAGCCAGUAUCACUGCUUUCUACGUGAAUAUCUCGAUGCUGACCAUAUGUCUCUCGCCAAAACACCAGCACCGAUUGGCACGGUAUACCUUCCGCAUCAUUGUGUCCUGAAAGAAUCUAGCUCCACUACAAAAUGUCGCGUCGUGUUUGAUGCAUCGGCGAAAACAACGAGUGGAAAAUCACUAAACGACGUGUUAAUGACUGGUCCUGUUCUCCAAGAUUCGCUUAUCGAUAUUCUGCUGCGAUUUCGAUUCCCAGUAGUAGCGUUAACCGGUGAUAUACAGCAGAUGUACCGUAUGGUACAGGUGGCGAUGGAAGAUCGCGAUUACCAGCGAAUAUUAUGGCGAUGGAAAGCAGAAGACACCAUCGAUGAGUACACACUGAACACCGUCACUACGCUGCUUAACCAGUAUGCAACGAGUUCCCCCACCGUGGUUCAGAAGGCACUGAAGGGGACCUAUGUUGAUGACGUUUUAACUGGUGCAGACUCUCCGGAAGAAGCUCAGCAGUUGCGGCGACAGCUUUCAGAAAUAUUUGCGUCCGGUGGAUUCCAUCUACGGAAGUGGGCGUCCAAUUGCACAGCAGCCCUAGAAGAAGUACCUGAAGCGGAUUUGGAAAUAAAGAUUCCGGUCGAACUAAAUGGAAACGAAACCAUCAAAACCCUCGGAAUCCACUGGCAGCCGUGCAACGACGAGUUCCUGUUCUCAUAUCAACCACAUAAGAUCCUUCAGCCCACAAAGCGCAUCAUCUUGUCACAAAUCGCCAGCCUGUUCGACCCCCUGGGCUUGCUGGCCCCAAUCAUCAUCAAGGCAAAAUUAGUGAUGCAACGAUUGUGGGAGCUAAAGGUGGACUGGGAUGAAACUCCCCCUGAUGAGUUGAUCAAUGACUGGUCUACGAUACCUCGCUUGGAAUUGUGUGCUGCGGUAAUAUUAGCUCGUCUCAUCAACAACGUCACUGCAGCGCUGUCGAUACAAGUCCACGAGAUUCGUGCCUAUAGUGAUUCACAAGUGGCUUUGGCAUGGAUAGCUGGCGGUGCCUCAAGAUGGAAGACAUACGUCGGAAACCGCGUGGCGGAGAUCGUAACCCACUUGCCAUCUGUAAAUUGGUAUCACAUCGGCACUCACAGCAAUCCUGCUGACAUAAUAUCUCGUGGUGCUCUCCCCGUUGGUUUACAAGGAAACAUCCUCUGGUGGCACGGCCCAGACUGGCAACACUCGUUACCGCUUCCAGAACUCAACGUCGCACAAAGGCAGCAAGUCGAUCGCGAACGAAAGUCGGUGACAGUAAGUCUUAUGAUAGUAUACGAGAAUUGCUUUUUGGAUGAAAUGUUAGCUCGAUACUAUCCGAGCAAACAAAUGCUUCUGCGAGUCACCGCUCGUCUUUUAAGAUUUGGUUCCCGCCGUCCUGGACGUUCGACAGCUGGGGAGCUGGACCAUGCCCUUAUGAUUUAUGUACGACACACGCAGCAGAAGCACUUUUUGAACGAUAUUAACCGGUUGAAGGAAGGCAAGAGCGUACACCGCGGAAGUUUUGUCUAUUUGUUGGAUCUUUGUUUGUAUGAUAAGGGUCUCUUCAGGGUGGGCGGCAGGCUUCGGCAAUCUAAACUAAGCUACGACACGAAACAUCAGCUGCUAUUGCCACGCCACUCCAUUCUGACAUCUCUAAUAUUACACGACGAACAUGUCCACAAUCUGCACUGUGGACCACAAACCCUGCUGGCUGUUUCUCGACGGCGAUUAUGGAUACCCUAUGGAAUUAGCGCAGCUCGUAAAGUUUUUCGACAGUGUAUAACAUGUGCUCGGUUACGACCACUACCCUUACGACAGCAAAUGGGGCAAUUACCAUCCGCUCAUUUAGAGCCACAGCCUCCGUUCUCAAUAGUCGGAAUAGAUUAUGCUGGUCCGGUGAAUAUAAUAAGUCGCAGAAUGCGCGGUGUUGCAGCAAGUAAGGGCUACAUUGCCCUAUUCGUUUGCUUCGUCACUAAAGCGGUAUCGUUAGAAGCAGUUUCGGACCUCAGUACAUCAUCGUUCCUGGCGGCGUUUUCGAGAUUCACCAGCCGUUACGGUUUACCAGCCAAGGUGUGCAGCGAUAAUGCAACAAAUUUUCGAGCCGCAGCAAAACAGCUGAAAGAUAUCGCUAACCUUGUCAACUCUAUUGAACACCAGUCAAUUGUGGCAGAUUUUCUCGCCGACAAGGGGGUGGCAUGGAAUUUCAUUCCGGCACGUUCACCGCACCACGGCGGACUCUGGGAAGCUGGUAUUAAAGUCGCGAAGCAGCUGCUAUCAAAAAUAUCAGGUAAUUUUACGUACACGUUUGAAGAAUUAUCGACUCUUCUAGCACAAGUUGCGGCGUGUAUGAACUCGCGACCUAUAACACCCAUUUCCAAUGACCCAAGUGAUCCGGAACCCCUGACACCUGCUCAUUUCCUGAUCGGGCGACCCUUGACAACAGCACCUGAGAUCAACCAACUCGAACGCCGUAUCAGCUCUAUGGCACGAUGGCAAUUCGUCCAGCGAGCAUCGCAGGAAUUCCGUGCGCGAUGGCAAAGGGAAUACGUACGAUCACUUCAAGCGUUUACGAAGUGGUAG